UUUCCGACUUGCGAAGGUCGCAUGCGACGUCUUUAAAGGCUGAAGUCCAAAAAAUUGGACUUCAGCCUAUAUAUUGCGCUUGCCUUGCAAAACACUAGGCUCAAGUGAAGGGGGCCAAUGCAAUUGCCAUCAGCCAUGUUACAUGGUUGAGCCAGUAAAUCACAGGGGAUGCUACCUGACUCACCUCAAGAAAGUCCAAUGUCGAGAACGGGACUGUUUCGCUUCACAGGAGUUUUUGAAACUCUUCAAGCAGUCAGCCCAGUCAGCUCCAGUGGCUUGCCAACUUUCCAAGCAUGGCUGGGGACUGCACGGGACUGCCGACUUCCCACUGCUAUAGAAAAAACGCAAGCAUCCACAUCUAAUACACUACCAACUCGACCCAAUUUGUCCACCGCGGAUGCUCCGCAUCUUAUUCUCUGUCUCUCACUUUUCGAAAACCAGCACAAGCCUCCAGAAAACCUGUCCUGGUCUCUUGACAUGUGGCUGGCAGGUCAUUUCACCUGCAAACUCACUGACUGGCUGCUGCUUUAGCUGCAACCUGACGGCAUGGACAAACACCUCUGAAUCAGUUGAGGGCACCCGAUAGAUUCGCAUUACUUGGUUUCUGGCUGAUGGUACGAUCGUGAACAACAGAACCACUGCUGGAAUCGCUGGAAUCACCUAUAUAAAUUAAUAAGAUUGUGCCAUCUGUGUCUAAGAGACCGCUUUGCUUCAGAGCAAGGCCUACAGCAACCUGUGUCUUUUCAAUUUCAUCACUCCAUGGGUCUGUCCCCAGCACUUUUGUUGGCACAAACAUGUAAUUCUUGGUCAUAUAGCUCAUGCUCUUGGUACCGGAGCCAUGUCCAAAUCCCAUGAUUUCCACCAUUGUUAGCUUAAUUUUUUAUCGUUGCUUAAUUAGGCGACGUUAACCUUUUCUUGGAAAGGGUAAGUCGGGUAACUCUGCUGGCCACCUGCUGGCCCUUGUAGCUCCUUACCCGGAUGUGUGGUACGGAAUGGCAUGGAAUGGUAUGGAAGUCUGGUUGAAACCGAGGGAUCAAUUCUUCCAAAUUUACGCUUGAAGCUUCUAAGGUAAACUGAUCCUCUCUGUAACUCCUCGUGCUAUGAGCGAAGUCGGAUGUGCCACCAGCAUCUUGGGCCAUAGAAUGUUAGAGAGAAAUCGUCGAAGAUCUCCC